UAGGCCGCCAUUACGGCCGCUGCCGCCGCUGUUGUUAUCGUCGUUGUUUUGCAGGCGGGUUGCAGUUUCCUCGUUAUUAGCUGCUGCCUGGUGUGCAGCGCUGCUAAGAUCUGGCUGACUGACUCGCCACUGCUUUCAUUCAUCGCUGUCGUCUGUAGUCGUACACAUCGGCAAACACUCUCGCACACCUUCUCUUUCUCUCGCUCUUUCGCCAGGAGGAAAACUCAGCGGACAUCAGAGACACACAAAUUACUCAAGAGUAACCGUAUGUGAGGUGUGUACUGUGCUGCUACUGUGACCGCGGCUGUUACGGCCGUAUCAGUGCGGCCAGUGCAGCUGCUACUGGCCUAUGACUGUUACCAAUCAGAUCAUUGUCUAUCGCCUGCCAGUCUAACCGCCUGUCUGGCGGUUUGCGAAUGUGUGUCCCUAUACGAUAAACAGAGUAUAGUCUUCUUGCGACAAAGGAGUUAUAGUAGCAGUGCUGCCGAACUAACUGGUGCCGCUAAUGGCUGAAUAAAGCGAGCAAACUGCAGGAAUCUGCCUGCCUGUGCCAAUGUAUGUGUAUAUCAGUGCCCUGUGCAGGAAGUGUAAUUAAUCCAAGUGGUGUCGAUAGGCGCUCUUGUUCAUGAUAGUGCUGCUGGUAGCUUGGAAUUGAUCGUGUCCGCUAGUGGCCAGCGCUUGACUGCGUCAGCGUUUGUGAACACGAUGCCCCUUGCAGGAGGAGGAUGAGUCGUCGACGGCGUUAAUUCGCCUAGAUUCAACGGUCGUCAGACGAAGGGCUACUUCCCCCUCCUUAUUGCAUACACGCUUAGAGUACAAAUACGUGAAAAGGGACAACAAGCAUUUGGCGCUGACUGGAACUUGCCCCCGCGGCCACUCCGGUGGUCUCCUACCUACUUUCGGUGGUGCCACCUGGAGAUUAGAAUUUCCCGUUGACGAGAACGUCGUGAUCUAACGACGGAAAGAUGUUUUACGCGCACUUUGUGUUAGCGAAAAAGGGUCCGCUAGCCCGCAUUUGGCUAGCGGCCCAUUGGGAUAAGAAACUGACGAAGGCGCAUGUUUUCGAGACAAACAUUGAAUCAUCUGUAGAGGGAAUCCUCCAGCCGAAGGUCAAGAUGGCUUUGAGAACAUCCGGCCAUCUUCUGCUUGGAAUUGUACGCAUCUACUCCCGAAAAGCCAAGUACCUUUUGGCAGAUUGUAAUGAAGCGUUCAUUAAAAUCAAAAUGGCGUUCCGGCCAGGAGUGGUCGACUUGCCUGAGGAGAACCGGGAGGCAGCAGUACAAUCUAUUACUCUACCCGAAGUGUUCCACGAUUUCGACAUUGGAAUGCCGGACUUGCCAGCCAUUGACAUGGAGGCUGCAAUUACGCUAAAUCAAUCGCGUGCCGAAGAUAUCACCCUUAAAGAGGACUACGGAAUGGGCUUGAUGAACGACGAGGAGCAGUUAUAUGCCGACAUGUCAUUUGACGCUGACGCUGAUAUUGGACGCGACGCAACGCAACUAGAUUUCGACUCACAGUCGGUAAACCUAACAGCGACCGAGAUGAGUAGUCAUGUGAACAAAGAGAACGCGCCUAGUCUUGUAGGCGCGUCCCAGUUAGCCGUUGGCGGACCGGGCGGUCAAAGUUCUCUAGAUGCACCACUCAAUGACGACGGCUUUGGGGGUAAUCUUGACUCUGCGGGUCUCGAACUUGAAAAUGAAAACGAACCCCGCAGUGAUUUAUACCCACCUGCGCCUGGCGGUACCGAACAGGAAGAGACGGACGCAAGUAAACUCGAGCCUGCCGGCUUGUUCGAUGACACCCCAAUAACUCGCCGAUCUGCAGCGGCCGAGGCCGAGAAUGCGCCAAUGAGCGAUUCUGAAAGUGACUACGAUAUUGGUCCGGGUGGCAGUAUGGGCGUACCGUCACCACCUUCGUCAGCCGACGGUGAAGUUGAUGAUUUAGAUGACAUUAAUGUACAGCCGCCGAGUUUACAUGACGGCUCGUCACAACAUGGUCAGCAACAACAGCAGAGCAUAAGCAACAACGACGCAAUGACACCAACAAUGGGCCAUCAUGGGAUAAACGCCAGUCACAUAAGUGGCGGAGUCAACCAAAUCGAGCAAAACCAGAUAGGCGCUGAACUAGGGAUGCAAGCAACGAUUACAGCAGCACCCGUGCCGCGAGAAGAACCCGAAACAUUUACGUUAGCCCCUCUCGAUGCAAGUACGGUAGAACAGCACGCGGGGCCUGCCGUCCGUCGGAUCCCUAAUCGUAAACGUAAGCUGAUUAUCGACGAAGUAAAAAACAUCUCCGGCGAGGAAAUGAAGUCACAGCUGUCAGACACGUCCGAUAUCGUCACGACCCUCGAUUUAGCGCCGCCCACUAAACGCCUGAUGCACUGGAAAGAGACGGGCGGGGUUGAAAAGCUACUAUCAUUGCCGGCUGUCGAAAACCGCCACUCGAAGUAUCUCCAGAAGCUGUAUCAGGUACACUUGGUGACGCGGUCAGUUGAGUCGGACGAAAGCCUCGUGGCGCCACCUGCUCCUGAAGAGGCUAGCGAGGAAAGUGACCCGGUACGCGAGCGUGCUGAAAGCCGCUUGGACGACACCACAGUAGCAUCGUCUCAGGUAAGCAGCAACAUUGCGCCUCCUGAGACGCCGGCGGCCAAGCGUUCACGUAUGGAAGACGUCCCGCCGACACCAGGUCGAGACUUCAUGGGCGACAUGGGCGGGUACCAGCACGCGCCGGCCACCGACUAUUGUAAUGCGCCAUAUACGCCGUUUACACCUGCUCCUGCGACACCUGCUCAUAAUCAAGGCGACUUUAAUAACACGUUCCCGACGCCAGGUAUUGGCAACGAAGAGAUCUCGGCUAACUUCGAUUCGCUUCAAUCAGCGCAACAGCAAAGCGGCAGUACAGGCGCAUCUGCGAACGGGCCGGGUAGUAUGGCACCUCCGCAGACGCCAAUGCAUCCGCCAACCACACCGAUGCAUCCGCCUGCCACCCCUAUGCACGGCGACCUGGACCACGAGGACGGGCCCCUGGACCUGCCUCAGCAUCACCACGAUGACUCCGACGAGGAAGAUGCCGCUCAGGAUCGACGAGGUCAGGGGCCCGCACCAGAGGCGCAGGCAGCCGACAUGGGUAUUGGGGCGGAAGAGGCGGAGGGCGAGUUACCUCACGUCGACGAACAGGCUGACGACGAAACAUUUGAGGAAUUCGAAGAGCGUAUCCAGAACAAAAGAACGGUGCAGCUGUUGCGUCACGUCAAACCAGCGUUAGACGCCGGACGGCCAGUUCGCUUUGCGGACCUUAUAAAACAGAAUAACAACCGCAAGCAAGUGGCGCAGAAGUUCUACACGUUCCUAGUGUUGAAGAAGCAACAGGCUGUCGAAUUGACACAACAACAGGCCUACGACGAAUUGUACAUUUCUGUUGGACCGAAGUAUCAGCAAGCGUUUGCCGUUAACGAGUAAAAACAAGCAGAAAGGGAAAGGGUACAUAAGCCGAUAAGAUGGAGUAAACAAAGAUGAGUUGGGAAAAAAUAGAAGUUCAUAGGAGUUCCAGUUGGCGAGUAAACGCAAAUGAAAUAACGGAACGAAAAACACUAGGUAGAUGAAAACGAAGGGGAGUCCGUGCGAGACUGAGCGAGAAGAAGAAAUAGUAGAAAAGAGCCAUGCAUCGUUGCCGUUGCAUUGUGUCAGUGUGCUCUGUGUUGUAUACUUAACUUGUAUAGUGGGUCGAUACCCAGCCAAAAGUCGCCGUGAUGCUUUUGCCUGUGUCUUAUAUAUAUAUAUAUAUAUAUAUAUAUAUAUAUAUAUAUAUAUAUAUAUAUAUAUAUGUGAGAGAGAGAGAGAGAGCGAAAUCUAUAUAUUGCGCUGAAACAGCAUGCAUUAGACAGUAGUAAGAGAGAGAGAAAGUGCAUUGAGAUACCAAGAGGAUAAACGAAAAGAAUAUAUCAGUGUAUCUGUGUACAUGUGUAUGUGCGAGAUGUCUGUUCACGGUGAUUCCGCGCGUAUUCAGAAACAUUUUUCAAAUUGCGGAACAGUGUUUGCAUGUUUUAAUUAUAACUAUCACUUCCGCUCUCUGAGGUCGUCGUUGCCGCGUUCUGAAAAUAGCCGUGUAUGUGUGUAUAUGCAAGAUGUCAAUGUAGCCCUAAAAACAAAUGAAGACCAAUUCUGUGCGUUGAGAGGUACUAACAUGGCAAUUAGACAUUUUACAGCAAUGGAUGCCGCUCAGACAAUGAGACUACUGUAGCUGCUAUCGCUUUGAAUGCUAUUGCGGUGACGACAACGACGACGACGGCGAUGGUGAUAACCAAAUCAGUUCCAAACUGAAAAUAGUUGAUUAUAGUAAAUCUGAUAAUAUACUUGAAAAUGAACGUCACUGCUUAUAAGUGCAUACUAUAUGACAAAAAUGAAGAGAUUCUAUCAAAAUUCUUAUCGUGAUCAUAAUGAACUGUUUCGAGCUGCUGACUCGCACGCGUGCACGAAAAAGACGGAAAGCGAGAAGCGGAGAGCAAGACUUCCAGAGAUCGAGCGCGGGCAGCACCAUGGCAGCUUUGCUGCUUUUGUUACCCGUUGCUCAACCGUAGCCAGAAGGCUGGACGGACAAAUCCGCGAUUGGCACAAGCUGUUCCUACAUAAGACUUCUAUGUAGCUAGUGCUAUGUAGCUGAUCAAAUCGGCACGAUUUAUUUCUUCCUCAACUACCGCUACUCGCGAUCGUGCGACAGCUUGUAUCGUAUAUGUAGCAUUAUUAUUAUGUUAAAAUAACUAAUAUUACGUCAUAUUUCAUUAUUGUUUUUCUCUCGCAUAGGGCGCGUGCGCUACCUCGUAAUCUGUAUUUCAUGGAGACAUUACUAUUAUUCAAGUAAAGUAUAGAAUGUAAUUCAUCAAAAUAAACCAGCAACAGCAGCAACAAAGAACGCAAUCGCACGUCGAGUAAAACCGAGGUGGAAAGCAGCAUAGAGAAUUUAACAGGGAGAAAUAAGUACAUCUUUAGACACAUAUAUAUAUAUAUAUACACAAAGCUGUAAAGGCUCUAAGUAAGACAGAAUUAUUGGGACUUUGUCAACGAACAGCGUAGGAAAAGGACUCUGUGAAACACGGCGAGCACCUGCGCAGCUUGUCAAUAACGUUGUCCCAUGGGUGUUAUUGUACAGACAUUGCAUAUAUUAUAAAAUUAUUAUUAUUAUUAUUGAAACAGAAAUAGUAUAUAUGGCCGGCUCUGGCUUAGCUGACUGUGAAAGCGACAGGUGGUAUUUGGUGAAGAAGAUCGGUUAAAAAAUAUCAUAACUAUUUUGUGAGACAAAGUAACAAAAUAAAAGAAAAAUUGUGGCCUGGUAACAAAAAGAACAUUGGCAAGAACAUUGUUAACCUCUUUGACCUGAAAGAGUUUAAACAGGCAACAUCUCUGUCCACCAGAAAGCAAAAUUAUCAACAACUUGUGGAAUUUUCAGUGGUAUUUUUUUUUCGUUUUUCCUGAUGUUUUUUGGCUUUUCAUAACAAAAUAAUGGAAAUAGCAGUCGACUAUAGUAGCAACAGGUGGUGGAGGCGUUUAUAGAGAUAAGGGAGAUAUAUAUUCUAGAAGGCUAGAAGAUGGAGACAAACAAACCAACACAAUCAAAUCUCCCAUCCUGUCCUGCCCUUACUAAUUAACAUACGACAAAGAUAACGAUAUCAACAAGAAUACCAUGAAAAAUUCGAGCUCACUACAACAGAGGAAAAAAGUGGCAAUUAUGUUUAAAAUAAAUCCGAUCUAUUAGCCCAGCUG